CAUUCAGUCUGAUCCUCAGGUGGAGCAUGAGAAGAAGAAGAAGUCGGAGGGGAAGAUGGUGAGGGCUGAGCGACAGGUCGUGUUGGACAUGCUCUUCUCUGCCUUUGAGAAGCACCAGUAUUACAACAUUAAGGACCUGGUGGACAUCACCAAACAACCUGUGACCUACCUGAAAGAAAUCAUGAGAGAAAUCGGGACGUACAACAGCAAGGGGGUUCACAAAAGCACCUGGGAGCUGAAGCCAGAGUACCGACACUACCAGUCUGCUGAGGAAGAGGAGAUGCAGACGGCCUAGUUCCAGCGUCUCAUCUCACAGGGAAGAAGAGAGAUACAACUGUCAGGUCUUUCAGUGACAUCCUAAAUAUAGAUGUCAAAAAGGAAAUAUUGUUUAUGGGAUAUGUAGGCAUUAUGUUAUCUUUUUGAGUUCAUAAUUUUUAAGUUAACAUUAUUAUUGGGUGGAAUCGUCUGCUAUGCAGCAGCUAGUACAGCACUGUAAAGGUCCAGUGUGUAGGAUUCAGGGGGAUACAUCGGCAGAAAUGGAAUAUAAUAUAAUCAGUAUAUUUUCUUUAGUGUACAGUCACCUGAAAAUAAGAAUAAAAAAAUAAGAAUAAAAAAUAAUCUCAGUAUCUCAGUUUGACAUGUUGAGUUGACUGACAUGACAUGACUUAAUUUGUAUGGGAAACCGUGAUGUGACUAUCACUAAAAUCUGCACACUUGCAUGUUCUGGCCCAUUUACUACAAAUCAAACAUACUGUUUUACGAUUCUACACCGUACCACAUACAGCCAUUUCUUUGCCUGCAUGUUUUAAGCUUGUUUGAUUUAGACCAAACUUUUCUGCCAUGUCGUUUAUUUAGACGCACAAGGCUCUCCUGCCACACUGACAUUCAACUUAAGCAAGAUAGCCCUCGUCAUAUUUUAGUUUUUGAUGUUUCUCUUUGAUGAUGAGCAUCAGCAGUUAACCUUUUGUUUCCUGUCAAAAAUCUAUUUGGAACUUAACAUGUUUAACUUAAUGAAUAGAUCUUGCAGACCUUGAUAGCCAUGCUCCCAACAGAGCACUUACCCCUCCCCAAACUGUGGAUGUUCCAGUCAGACAGACCUUUUUUACACAAGGCGUGUCAUAGGAAGAACCGGUUAGACUGUUCCAGCAGUUAUUGCAACACACUGCUGUAUUUAAAUAUGUUAGUAGUCACACCUUUGUGUGACAAGUCAGAACAUCUGCUGUGAAGAGGCUCCAUUCAACUUCAGUUUCACUCCAGAUUUUCCUCUGUGUGCAUCCCAGUUUGGAAUCAAAGAAGAAAAACCAUCAUAGUAAACAUCAUGUCUGUUUAUUUUUGUCACUUACAGUUUUGUGGUAAAACUUUUCUAUCAUCUCCUGGCUAAGAAGUAGGAAAAACUGACAACUUGAAAGAAAAUAUAGUGUGUUAAAAAAAAAAAAAAAAAAAAAAAAAAAAAUCAGGCAGUAAUUUAAAGUAGGAUUUAGUGGUGAAACAACAGCUGCAGCUGAAAAUUCUUUUGGCUUGUUCGUUCAGCGAGUACAGAGCAAGUAUGAACAUGUGCUACACAGCAAGGUGAAUUUCAACAGCCGCAGUGAAUCAGAGAAAACGAAGAUUAAGGAGCAAACUAACUGGAAACCCAUCUCACCUUUCUAGCAGUGUUACUAUAGCAACUGCGGACAGCCUUAAACUAUACUUACAAUAAAUCUCACAGGGCAGAAACCUGCUGCAGCUGCUCUGUCUUUUAAGGUUAAAGCAUGUUAAAUGUGUGACCACACCCUAACCACUUAUGUGGCAAGGCCAAAAUGCCAAACUCCUGAGGGUGAGAUCGGAAGAUCAACAUUUUGAUUUAACCAUGAAUUAACAGUUAGACACAGAAAUACACGUGCUACACGACCUCUUCAUGCUUCCUUGUUGAAGAACUUUCAAUCACGGGAUUAAACAACUGAAAAGAUUUGGUAUAAUUAGCUACACAUCUUUCUCUAUACGGUUAUUUUUAAAACCUCCUCAGUCAAUGGAUUAAACUGUGGAUCACUUGUCAUUGCUUUGACACAAGCACUGCUGUAUAUCUAAUACUAUCUAUACAUUUAUGUGUAAUGUGUAAUGAAUUCAUACAACUUUUGUAUCACAUUGCUGAGGUGACGUAAGGAAAAUAAAGCUGACUGAGGCAUAUUGCACCAUAUCUGAUUCCUUUCUGUAACAUACACUGUAAGGUAAGGUGACAGGAGAAAGAGGUGGCAUUUUUUUCUCAUACUGGAAUAUUGGUUCAUGCAUAUACACUAUAAUGUGUGUAAAAAAAAAAAAAAAAAAAAAAAAAAAAAAAUAUAUAUA